AUGUGCAUUGAGCUGGAGACAGGUACUGUGCUUCAAGUUUUUGAGACAUUGAGUGGGAAGGGCGGAAGAGUCUUGCUGGCGUGCCCUCAGCCCGGGAGGAAUCUUCCUCAUGCUUGGCAACUUGCUCCAAAAGGAAAAAGAUGGUUAUAUGGCCUCUUUCUUGCAAUCGACGCGAACUUUCGCCUGAAGAGGCAGAUAGUCUCAAAGGAUACUGUGGAUCCGAGUUUGUCCUGUGGGUGGGGAUACUUUGUUGACGAGACCACAUACAAGACACAUCUUACCAAUCACAGCAUGGAAGUCCAAGAGAAUCGAACCACGGGACUUGGAACCAUCAACUGUGCCCGACAUAAUAUGAAGCUUCCGAACGGUGUUGGGGACUUGCAGAAAGGCGAGAGAUAUAUUAAUAUGGAUUUUCUGUUCUUUUCAACCUUACAUCACCGCUCUCUCAAAGUUCUUAAUGUGUCAUAUGAUAUCACGUGCCAGUGGCACAAAAAUCUGUGGGCCAGGAUGGUAACACUUCCAGAGGAUUAUCAGCUUGAUCACGCAAUCAAAACUGUUUGCUUCUUCGUACCCAAAUUCCAUCUUCCUGCGCACAUCGCAAAAUGCCAGACAAUGUUCUCUUUCAACUGGUCUCAUUGGGUUGGGCGCACUGAUGGCGAGGCUCCAGAGUGA